AAACCCACAAACGCCGUCCCGCCGCGAGCCGCACCGGAGACCCCGAGAACACAGACCCCGCUGAUCAAGAACCAGGAUGAAGUAAAGUGUCUUCAAGACUGCUCAAAUCUGGACCCUGAUGACGUCCCAACAGCGGCCAAACGUCCACGGAGGAGGAGAAAAGCGUUAUCAACUGUUGACAAUAAAGAGUCAGAUUUCAAGACCCCAGUCCGUCACCUCCGGGAAAGGCAUUCCUUAUUGAAUCCUGCUGCUCGGAGCCUCUACUCCCCUUCAGUUCACUUUCUCACACCACCAAGAGACAGUGAGCAUCCAAACACAAGUCCCAUCUUCAGUCCUGAACACUGUGUGUUUGGCUACAGCGCUGCCAGCCCUCUUUCAGAGGAUGAGGAGAAUGAGGAAGUGUUUAGCCCCUUCACGUUUAUUAAGAACAUUCCGAACCGUUCACAACAGUCCAGACCUGUCUCAGCAGUGCGGGACAUUCCACCAAAGACGAGGAGCACACCUGCUGCUACCCUGGUGCUCGAUUUGGAUGAAACCCUCGUGUUCAGUUCACUCAAUGUGAUCCCUGACGCAGAAUACACCUUCAGUACCCGCUUUCAAGAUCACAAGUACAAGGUGUACGUGAUCCUCAGACCGUAUGUGAAAGAGUUUCUACAAGCCAUGACCAAACAUUUUGAGAUGUUUGUUUACACCUCUGCAAAAAAGGAAUAUGCAGAAAAGAUUGUAGAUAUAUUGGACCCUAAUAAAAAGCUCUUUAGACAUCGUUUGUAUCAGGAUGAUUGCGCCUGUGUGCUUGGACACUACAUUAAAGACUUGACUGUUCUGGAGAGAGACUUGUCAAAGACGGUCAUCCUGGACAACGCCCCCCACACUUUCCCAUACCACCUGAUGAAUAUGAUUCCAAUAAAGAGCUGGAUUGGAGAUCAAGAGGACCGUGAGCUGCAAAAGCUCAUUCCAUACAUGGAGAAACUAGUGCAUGCGGAUGACUUCAGAAAUGUUUUAAAGAAGAGAACCGACCACUUCCACAGGCUGCUUUCUGAAGACUAAAACCUGCAACAAGUGUAAUUACAUGUAGAUCCAUCCUAAUAAAUGCAGUAAAAUUACCAGGCUACAUAUUAGCAAAGGUUAAAUUUGUAGUAUGGCAAAUUACUCUGGCAUAAUCAAAGUGCUUAUUUGAUAGAUAAUAGUCUUACAGUUUCACUUUUAAUCACUCUGGUGAUCAGCUGGUGUUCUGACCCAUUUUGAAAAUUAGGGCUAGAGUCUUGCCUUUAAUUUAUUGAUAAAUCUUGAGAUUUGUACAGGUUUGUGCCAUUGGAAGUGUUUUCACACUUUAAACUGUUAAAUUAAUUUCAAUAUGUGUUGUACACAGAAGUGUUUUUAAAAGGACACCAAUUUUCAAAACCCAUUAAUAAAACUUUCGCUUUGUAAA